GAUGGCUCCCUUAACAGAGGAGCACUUUGCAGCACUGCAGAGCCUGUUGAAGUCCAAGAUUCGUUCUUGUUCCAGGAAUAUCUGGUGUGAAAGAACUAACUGCUGUAUGCCAGAGGUGCUGAGACCCAAGAAAUACAUCAGGCAUAUUUGGGGUACUGACAGUGCUUCCUCGAAAGAUGUUGUCAGACAGCUGUGUCAAGAGAGCUUUUCCACUUCAGCUCUUGGCUCAGAAAAACUCUUGGAUAUGACGUGUUCCAGCUUGUCUGUGACCCAGGAGGAGGCAGAGCACCUGCUCCAAGCUCUGCACCGCCUCACGAGGUUGGUGGCCUUCCGGGACCUGUCCUCAGCCGAGGCGAUUCUGGCUCUCUUUCCAGAAACUUUCCACCAAAACCUCAAAAACCUGCUGACAAAAAUCAUCCUAGAACAUGUAUCUACUUGGAGAACUGAAGCCCAGGCAAAUCAAAUCUCUCUGCCACACCUAGUUGACCUGGACUGGAGAGUGGAUAUCAAAACCUCCUCGGACAGCAUCAGUCGCAUGGCCAUUCCCACUUGCCUGCUCCAGAUGAAGAUCCAAGAAGAUCCCAGUCUGUGCGGGGACAAGCCCUCCAUCUCCGCUGUGACCGUGGAGCUGAGCAAAGAAACGCUGGACACUAUGCUAGAUGGGCUGGGCCGCAUCCGAGACCAGCUUUCUGCUGUGGCCAAUAAAUGAACCAACCAGCUGCCAGUGCUGAGGCCACAUCCCGGCCGUGUGUCAGUGACGAAGCACCUCCCCUUGAGGCAGUGGUGCUGAGCUGACAGCUGGUGGUAUAGUGGGAUGGGGGACUUGGUGCCACCCACGAAGCACAGGAAGAUAGGGAGGGAGCGGCCGGCCCCUUGCUGUUCCCUGCUUUUGUCUCUUUCUGAAGCUGAUGCCCAGAAGCCUCCGUCUUUGAAAGGCUCCUGGGUGCGGCCUGCUCACCACUGUGCAGUGAAAGGGAACACAUGCACCAUCAGCAGGCUCUGUGUAGGGAAGAUUCAGGCCCACUGUGGAACUUAUCUACUGAGUUCAUUUCCAACAUUAGCUCUGAUGGAUUCAUUUCCAACUCGGGAACAAAUGGAAGCAAACAAGUGAGGCCAGCAGCACCUGCCCCUCUGUCAGAGAAGCCAGGCAAAUCUCCCAGCUGAGGAAGUCUGAGCCACUCCUGGGGAAGGAAGUGGGAGUACUGUGAUUGGAAAUAAAUAACAGUUUAUGAUUCUGGU